GUAGAUGACACGACCAUCUUGGCACGCCAAAAAUUGCUAAAACGACUUUAAUGUGCGCAUCCGCAACUAAAUUCUUCUAAAAAAAAGCCACAAAUAAGUAUAUUAUUUAUUUAAAACUAAUAAAUAUAUAUCGAAUUAUUUAAUAAAUAUAUUAAUCAUUAUUUUUAAAUAUAUUUUGUUUGGCAAAUAAUGUUAAUAUGUUUAAACAAGACAGUAAAUUUGUAAAACACAUAUUCUGGGAUCCAGAAUUGAAGACAUGUUAUCCCCUCUAUGUUACAAUUGAAAAUCAGCAGAAAAUACAAAAUGAUAAAGUAUUUGCAUUGAAAACAUUUCAACAAGCUAAAAGUGUUUUUUUACAAAGUGAAGCAGCAAAACUUAAAAAAGAAACAAAUUUACAAUCAAAACAAGAUGAACAAGAAAAUUCAUCAACUAAUGAUGUAAAUAAAAAACGUAUAAAAAAAGAAAAUGAUGAUCCAGAUGAAGCUGAUGAUAAUAAUGCAACAAAGAAAAAAUUAAAAAAAGAAACAACACCAAUAAAAGGUGAAGUUAUAAGUGACAAUGAAGUUGAUGAAAAAUUAAAUGAGAAUAAAAUCAUUGAAAUGUUAGAUGAUGAUGAUGAUGAUGGUGGUGAUGGUGAUGACAACAAUGAUAAUAAUAAAAAUAAUGAUGAUGAAUCAAGUAAUAAAGUUACCAAGAAAAAAGUUAAAGAAGAAGAAAUAAACGCUCCUGAAUUUGUUAGUGUUCAACAAGACGAGUCAAUUAUUCCUGAUAAUAAUGAUAAAUGGCAUGAUGCAUCAAGUCAACAAGAAGAUAAUACAGUUAAUAAUUUUGAAGAUGUAUCUGAUGAUAAUAAUGCCAAAAAAACAAAUACAGCAUCAAGAAGAUUAACAAGAAAUCGUAAAAUAAGUAAUCAAAAACCAAUUCAACGUCCAAGAAGAUUAGUAACAAUGGAAAAACCAAAAAUUGAACAAUUCAGUUGGAAUCAUAAUGAUAUUAAAAUUUUAAUAAAAAGCUAUGAAAGACAUCAAGAAUUAUUCAAAAAUCAAGUUAAAAGCAAAUUCUUUUGGGCAAAUAUUGUUAGAGAUAUGAAUAAAAAAAAUAUUAAAGUUGAUAAAGAUAUUUGUCAAACAAAAUGGAGUAGUUUAUUGAAAACAUAUAAUAAAUGUAAAACAAAAUUAAUAUUUCCAACAAAUUUUCCAUUUUAUCAGAUGAUGGAUCAAGUACUUGGUCAACCAAAGAGUCCAAAAAAUUAAAGAAAAAAUUAACAUUUUCUGAAAAAAUUGGUUUUACAAGAUAAAUGUUGAAAAUUGGCAGU